GGUUCAGCUUGCAAAGUGGCCCCCAGGAUCCUCUCAGUUGGCCAGCAAAGAAAGCAGGCAGAGGCCACCUGUCCUGCCCCAGCUUUCUCACCUGGCUUGCCCCGUUUUGCCCCCUGCCCACCCAGCUGAGUGGCUCCCCCACGGCUCUGUUUAUGGCAUCCUUGUUGCUGCUGCGACUCCAGGCAGUUGAGCCUCUUUCUUUGGCUCAGCAAGUCACAAGCAGAUACGAUGGAGGAGCAGACAGAAACUUAUUAAAUGCACUUUUUAAUUUAGCUGGAUUAUGAGCUCUUGGACCAACCACAAACUCAAAUGAGUUUCUUCUUCCCAAAGUCCCACUCUGGCCUGCUUUCUAUGAAGUGCCUUUAUUUUUCUUUAAAAACGUAUCUUUAUUUAAAAUGAUCCAGACAUGAAUAAGAUCAUAAGACCACAAGGCUGGGAGGGAUAUUAUCCUGUAUGGCUGGUCCUGUCAGACGUGAGGUGCAGGAGUGAAAUUCAGCCGGUUCUAUCUGGCUUGGGAGAACCGGUAGCAGCGGCUGCGGGAGGCUCCACCCACCUGCGUGGACGUCAUGACGUCCCCUUUUUGCGAUGAUGUUCAGCUUCUGCGCAUGCACACAAGGCUUUGCGCAUGCGCAGACAAUGGUGCGAGCGAGCAAAGUGAGCACGCGUGUGGCGUCUGCACCUUUGCAAACCAGUAGGGAAGGAAGAUCAUGCCAGGCAGCUUCUACCAUGACUGACCCUGAAAGAAGCCCGUUCGAUUCUGCAGAAGACGAGAUAAACUACUGGAAGGAGGUUUCCGGCAAAUACAAGCAGUGCGUGGAGAGUGCCCAGGAGGAGCUGCGCGAGUUCCAAGAGGGCAGCCGCGAGUACGAAGCCGAGCUGGAGAUGCAGCUGCAGCAGCUGGAGACUCGAAACCGGGACCUGCUCUCGGAGAACGCCCGGCUGCAGAUGGAGGUGGAAACGGUCAAGGAGAAGAUUGCCAGCCAACAUGCCGAUGGGCACCGGCAAAUCUCGGCCCUGGAGGAAGAGCUGGGCCAGUUGAGGGCCACCCAGGACCAGCUGCAGAAGUACAUCCGGAAACUGGAGCAGUGUAACGAUGACCUGGAGAGGGCCAAGAGAGUCACCAUUAUGUCCCUGGUGGACUUUGAGAAGCGGCUGAACCAGGCCAUCGAACACAACGUCUUGCUAGAGAGCGAGCUGGAUGAGAAGGAGAGCCUUCUGGAGUCAGUGCAGCGGCUGAAGGACGAAGCCAGAGAUUUGCGCCAAGAGCUGGCUGUGCAGCAGAAGCAGGAGAAGCCGAAGGCCUCAGUGGAGGGCUCCCUGCAAGACAGACGGAUGGACACAGCCAUGCAAGCCGCCUCCUCCAGGCCAUCGACCCCUAUGGUCCCCCAAGGGCCAAGCAAUGGAUUUAGUACUCCAGGAGCCUUCAGGAGAGGUUUUGAGAAUGGAUCUGGGGCAACCCCACUUACGCCAGCUGCACGGAUAUCAGCACUGAACAUUGUGGGGGAUCUCCUGCGGAAAGUCGGGGCACUGGAGUCCAAGUUGGCCUCCUGCCGAAACUUCGUCUACGAGCAGACCCCCUACCAAAGCCCAGCGCCCCCUCCUCCCUACUUGGGCAGGGAUGUGUUCGAGAAGCGGCUGAGCAGCCCCCACGGGCCCCAGGGGCUGGGCAAAAGACUGGAUUUAGGCACACGGCCAUCCAACCUUGCCGGGCCGGCAGGCCUUCCAGCCCAGAGGGCAGCCCAGAUGCUCUUCUGAGGGACUUUGGCAGCAGCCCGCUUCUCAGGCAGCCAGACUGUUGGCUGUUCGGAGAGCAGCGAGAGGAAACCUGCGAGAGGAAGAAGAGGCCUGUCUUGGGUCUCAGUAGGCUGAAAGGCCACGUCAAGAACUUCACAGGAGAGCCGGAGACGGGUUUUUCUUGCCCAGCCGGGAGGCUCCGCUUUCCUUGCCGGGGAGAGUAGAGCCCCUUGGCCUUGGACCCCUGCCCUGGCUGCCUUCCUGCCUCCGGUUGGGCCCCCAAAGGUCCUUGCCCUUGAACGGGGCACUUCCGGAGGAGCCUCCAGGGAUUCUUAACACCAGCAUUUCUGGACACCGCAAGUGUAUCUUUUGGGCCUCUUAAGCUGUGGCUGCCCUGGCCAAGAAGGAGCCUUUCCUGAAGCACCUGCUGAAUCACGCCUCCCAACGGGGCUUCCUCUGAUGCUUGCUGGAAAAAGGGGGUUGGGUCUCGGGCAGCUUAGCAACACCAGCUUUGCCUUCUCAGAUGCUUUCUCCGUUGCUGGGAGCGCAGAGAGUUAAGGGGCCCGGCAUAUAAAUCUUCUAAAUAAAAAAAAGCACAAGCUGGUAUACUCCAGAGGUUUGGGACAAAAACUCCCCUCAUCCUCGGCCAACAAGGCCUUGGGGCGAUGGGUAUUGUAGUCCAACCUAUCUGGAGAACCGGAAGUCUGCCAUUAAAUGUUUCCUCCCCAGUGCCUUGAUCCUGUCCACUUCCCUGUUUAAAGUGGGCCCUUUUAAUCCAGACAGUUUAUAUAAAGUUUGUUGGGGGAGAAUUGUGUGGAGGCUCCUAUUCCAACUUGCUCUCUGGAGGAGGGGAGGGGACCUUUUGUGCACCGGGAAAGGGGUCUAGUACAGUUGCUGGAUUAUUAAACUGGUUUGUCAUUCAAAACUGCUCUG